UCUCCCGGGCAGGCAGCACAGGCAGCCCAGCUCAUCAGGAGUCCGGCAGAAAGGGACAGCCACAGGGGCUAAGGACAUGUGGAGAGCCUACUCUGACAUGAGAGAAGCCAAUUACAAAGGAGCAGACAAAUACUUCCACGCCCGCGGGAAUUAUGAUGCUGCACAGAGGGGCCCUGGGGGCGCCUGGGCUGCUAAAGUCAUCAGCAAUGCCAGAGAGAAUGCUCAGAGAGUCACAGACCUUUUCAAGUUUGGAGACAGCGGCCACGGAGAGGCGGACUCGAGGGCCGACCAGGCUGCCAAUGAAUGGGGCCGGAGCGGCAAAGACCCCAAUCACUUC